CCCCCCCCUCUCUCUCUUCUCUCCCCUUCUUCUCUCUUUCUCUCGAAGAUAUCGUCUUUUUGAUUCCUUUCCUUCUUCUUCUGAUUUCGUUUUUUUUUCUUCAAAGCUUAAAAAUCUCAGGUUUUUUUUGUUUGUGAGAACUAAUUUACCAAACAAAAAAAAAAGGAAGGAAAAAAACAUUGAUGCUUAAUCAGCAGUUCUUGGUGUUUGAGACACAUGUCUCCGAUUAUACUCAGUGAGAUCUUUCUCUCUGGGUUUAUGUUAAAUUCCACAAUCAGGCGCAGGACCCAUCUUGUUCAAUCUUUCUCUGUUGUCUUCCUUUACUGGCUUUACUACGUCUCAUGAUUUUUCUUGAAAUUAUUUAAAUCUUUACGCAUAAUUACAAACAAAUAACCCUAUAGUUUCCAUCAAAUCUUUCUUCUUCUUUUUUUUUCGUCAUCUGGGUCCUGUCCUGUCCUGUUGUGUUCUGCUCUGUUCUGUUUUUUGUUUCCCCUAAAAAAACCCAUUUUGUAAUAUUUGAUCUCUCUUCUUGUAAGAUAAGGCUUCCUUUGUUUGUUUUCUUUUGUGUGUGUGUGUGUGUUACUAAAUGGAAUCGUCGUCGUCGGGAACAACUUCGUCGACGAUUCAGUCUUCGUCAGGAUCAGAGGAGUGUCUCAUGGAGAAGAGGAAACGUAAACGGAUGCUCUCAAACCGUGAAUCUGCAAGGAGAUCUAGGAUGAAAAAACAAAAGCUCCUCGACGAUCUAACGGCUCAGGUUAACCAUCUUAAAAAAGAGAACAACGAGAUCGUGACAAGUGUCAGCAUCACAACGCAGCACUACCUGACCGUUGAAGCAGAGAACUCUGUUCUCAGGGCUCAGCUCGAUGAACUUAACCACAGGCUUCAAUCUCUCAACGACAUCAUCGAGUUCCUCGACAGUAACAACAACAACGGCAUGUGUUCGAACCCUCUGGUUGGUUUGGAGUGUAAUGAUUUCUUCGUGAAUCAGAUGAACAUGUCUUAUAUGAUGAACCAGCCUCUCAUGGCUUCUUCUGAUGCUUUACUGUAUUAAAUGUGGACCUAAAAAAAAACCCUCGAAGUUACAAACAUGGGGGCCGUUUUGUUUUUGUCCGAUUUAAAGACAUGUCGAGAGAGAGAGAUCUAUUAUUAUAUAAAAAUGGGUCUGUUGUUUGAUUAUUUCCGUUUCAAUAUUUUGUUUUGGGGUACGUUUUAGGCGUUAGGUAACCUCAGCAUCAUCGUUAUGAGUGUGUUUGCAAUAAAGGCUCUGUUGCCGCAUGAGUACAAAGUGUCUUCUUAAUAUUGUAAUCACUGCUUCUUAGUUUGAUCUUAAAAGUUUUGGAUUUUGUAAGUC